AUGCCCCGAUCCAACUCAUCAGUCGACAGCCCACAAAAGACCAAGCAGAAGAAAUUGACCAAGGAAGAGGUGCUGGUCUUAAAAUCCCACCUAGAAGAAUGGAAGGAAGCCGCUGCCAACGAUAGAAAAAAGAUUCUGAAGGCAGUCAUAAAAGAGGCAAAGGUGCAUGCCCCUGCUUUGGAUGACCGGUCAUUGAAGAACAGAAAAUAUAUGUACCAGGACUGGUUAUAUAACCGGAGACCCAAGAAGACUCGAAAAAAGGCCAGCAAGUUGGGUCAGAAAUGGACUUCCCGGUCAGUCAUAGAACAACUGCACAAGGAGGAGAUCAUCGAAAAGACUGGAGCGAUGCCAGGAUCGAAGACAUUUAUUGAAAGAUAUCAGACAACACUCACUGCAGUCAUGGCAAGUCUAUCUAAAGAGGAGCUGGAGGAAGCUCAGAACACUGCGAUUGAGUGGUCUGCCAAGGCUCCUCCUGCAGCCAUCCAGGCGGACUUUGCAAAGAAGAAAGCACCCUGGUUUGAUGACAGACCUGGUGUCCAAGUUGUGGAAGCAGGCCGGUAUGAGAAUUUUUAUAUUAUCAGCAUGGAAAGAGGAAGACAAAGUGCAGAUCAAUGGGUUGGAAGAAUCGACUUCAAUGAAAAGUUGGAGGGCAAUAGUUUUACCGAUACGAAGGACUGGAAGCCCAUGUUAUCAGAGUGGAAUGCCUAUGCUGGAGAAGAGUUUGAUGUUGACCUGAAUAAUGAUGAUGACGAUAGUGAGAGGGAGGUGAAAAAAGGCAGGAAGAAAGGCGGAAAGAAAGAUGAAUAUCCUUUAGAGGUGGAUAGCUAUGGGCUUCCGGUCAUACUGGACGUGAAAGAGCUUAACCUUGAGAGUAAAAAGCAUCUUAUAAGGAUGUUCCUCACAAAACACUACAGGUUGUGCAGCCAACAACCAAAGGCAUCUGUGCCUUGGGCCUCAGUGAGGAAGGCUCAGGGGGACUUUAUCACAGCCAAAUUUUUACCUACCAGCUGGAAGCUCGACGAUCCGUCAAAGAUUCGGUUGGCUGAUGCUGACCGGCUGUUAGAUUUGUGGUGUCAAAGACAGAAAGGCCAUGUUUGCCCAACCUUUGAAUUUAUAGGCUGGGAAGGUGACGAUAAGACGAUGAGAGAACUGGCAGAGGUGAUUUCCAGAAAUGGUUCUGACACAAGACCCAAGGAUCCAGUGAAAAGUCUACUAGAAAGCGCACCGGGAGGGUGGAAACAGGUGUCGAGUAGUGAGGACAAGGACAAGGAUGAUGAAAAUGAAGAGAAGGACCACGACAACGAUGAAGAGAAGGACGAUGAUGAUGACGACAAGAAGGACGAUGACAACGAUGGCACAUCACCACCUCCAAAGUUAAUACCUGUCACAAAUCACCUACCGGUCAAGAAAUCCAGGCCGGUCAACAUGCGCAGCAGGGCUAGUCUGGCUCCAUCUGCUGCAGAGCAUGAAGAUCCCCACCCACCGGUCAAGAAAUCCGUGCCAGUUCCUUUGCCACCUAAAUUCAAACCAACUAAAAAGUGCGGUAGGGUUGAUCACAUUCAAUCUGAUUUAGAGUCGGACAGUCGGCCUCCAAGAAAGAAAUCCAAACCAAACAACACCAGCACCGGUUCUGCACAAUCAACCGGUGCUCAUGACAACGAUCCUCCUCCUUCAAACAGUCGAGCAUUUGGUCCUACAUCCGGUGUCCAUGCCAAGAAGAAAAACCACAAAACACCGGUGCCCAAACCAACACCCACUGCCCCAAGGACCACCGGCAAGAAAGCCAAAGGACGUGAAGCACAGACCACCAAUCCUGAGCCAAAGUGCUCUCUUAAAACUUCAAAGGCCUCUUACAAAGCUCAGUAUAUGCAGUAG